AUGAUCCAACUCAAGACCAUGGUCAAUGUCAUCGACAACUCUGGAGCCGCCAUCGCAGAAUGUGUCAAAGUCCUCAAGAAGAAGCGACCUGCGACCGUCGGCGAUCGUAUAAUCGUUGUCGUCCAAAAGCAGCGCAAUUUUGGCCCGGAAACUGGUCCUGGUGGCUCCAUUUCAGUCUCUGCUGCGAACAAGGUCCGACGGGGCGAUAUAAGGCAUGCGGUGGUUGUGCGUACAGCAAAGAAAUAUCAGAGGAAGGAUGGGAGCGUGGUGAAGUUUGAUGAUAACGCGUGCGUGCUCAUCAACAAGGGCGGCGACCCUAUCGGUACGAGAUUGAACGGUAUCGUUGGGAGAGAGGUCAGGGAACGAGGAUGGAGCAAAAUUCUAUCAUUGGCGCCGAUGCAUCUAUGA